GACAUGUACAUGCUGAGUAGAAAAAACCCGUCCCAUACUAAACAGAUGUAUCAUUUUCGCUUUGUGCUUCCCCCUUUUGCCCCUUCAUGAAACAAGUAAGAGAGAGGACGCAGUAAGCUACUUAUUUUAUUUCUUAUGCGGAACAACGUCGACAAUUUUGCGCUUGCCCCUAAUAUGUAAGCUUAAUUGACUUUGACGCUCCUUCAUUCGGGGUUUCGAACGCCAUGUACUGGGUUCCUCUAGGCAGCACCUAACCCCACCUCUGUCGCAGCUUUUCCGAAAUAAUGUUUGACGAAAGAAAGCAGCGUCAUGACCAAGACAGAUUCUGACUCGGGCUAGCGCUACUGAAGAACCGUUCUCACGAGCAGACGUCCGCACAUUGUUAAGACCACCACCUGACGAUGAACAUGAGAAUUUAUUGUUCAUUCUCGUCAGCAGGACAACCGAGACUCGGAGAAGCAUGGGGAAGCCUUGCGUGAUUUUCUUGUUCUCGGCCAUCGUCGGCAACUACAGGAUGAAGCAGGACGAGCAGAUGAAUAAAAAAAGGACGACCACUCUUUCUCUAGCGUGACCCGUGGUCAGCCAGACCGAAGAAUCUUCGCCGGAACUUCCACAGCGGAGGGAGUCCUCAGUAAAAACUGCGGUGGAAAAAUUCUAGGUUGAGGUGCGCUUUUACUCAGGAUAGUAAGUACAUCACAAUGGGUAACUACGCGUCGCAGGUCGACGAGUGCAGAUCGGAUGGCCUCUUUUGUGGCAGCGGAUUUGGACGGUCCUGCACUUGGUAUGAGUGCUUCGACGCGGCGCGCGUCGACUCUCCAGGAGACGAGAAAUUUCCCUGUACACACCGUCAUGAAGACAACAAUUACUACCGCUGGAAUGAAUGCGAAAUUCUGUCCAGAGUGUUUCUGGAGGGUACAGAAACAACAGAGCAUAAACUUACGGACCUCGUGAACAAGUGGAAAGAUUGGUAUAAUGACCCCGAGUUUACAGUCAGCGGUACCAGCGCCAGUGCGGCCGCGGCAUCAUCAUCAUCAUCAUCAUCGUCGUCGUCGUCGUUUCUGGACAAGUCGACGCAGGAGAUCUCUAACGCGGCACAGGCAAAACAGCUUCGCAGCACGGCCUCGCGGAUGUCCUUCCACGAAUCUGACACGAAUCCGGUGAACGGCGGAAAUGAGAUAACUUUUGCUCAGGCACUGCGGUACUGCCAGAUAGAGUGCGACGCAAAGUAUGAUGAAGCUACUGGCUCCGCAUCUCAGAAUAGAUGCGCCGGCUUUCAGCUGAAGCUCCCGGGACAUAAUCCAACUUUCGACAAUACAGAGUGUGUCUUUUUCGGGGGAGAACUGCCACCGAGCGAUUCGGAGAUUCUCUCUUCGUGGCAAUCUAUCGCAAAUGGGAAGUACAGCGUGACGACCAAUGACUAUUUUACCGACAGCAUCAAUGUAUACCAAGACGUUGCACACCUCUCGUCCAACCCAUCUGCUACGGUUCCGUUCGUGAACACCGGGCCGCAAUUAUGCAGGUGAAAAUGACAGAGACAGCACUUACACCUCCCGAGAAUGAAUACGAUCCUGCGUGCAAAAAUAUUGCUGCAGCUGCGCAAGAAGAUGAUAGAUAGAACAGCACUGAAUUUUUAAUACGAGAAAAAUCGAUACACUAAAUUGUAUCUUGCGCGCGGCGGGCCUGAUUUUUUUUCAGAUGCUAGUUUGGGUGAACACAGAAUGCAGCAAUUUCUUACUGCUACAUUCAAACGACUUUUCACUGCGCCCCGCUACAAUGAUUUCUCGCUCGUACUCUAAUUGUUCUCGCGUCUGAGAUGAAGCAACAGGCGUCGUGGCUUGACGAGGAAAUAACUCUGCGCAGCGAGAAAAACCCAUAAAAAUAGUUUUUGGACAUGGCAGCUGUUGUUCUUGCUCGCGAGGAGAUCAGUGUCUGGGGAGGUGGGAAGUUGUACUAGUCUUUUCAAAGUCAUAAUCCAGCCCGGUGCUGUACGCAUUUGUGCGGUUUGCAGACGACUCGAAGAGCUUGUAUUUGCAGCGGAAGAGAGAACUCUCACUGGACAAGACCGCGGACGGCCACUGGAACUGCGGCGGCCCGACCAUCAUGGGCAACCAGCUGGCGCUCGACCAGAUGAGCCCGGGGAGUGCGCCACCUGAGUGCUGGGGUACCGGCACCAGUCACUUUGAUCCUCUGUCCACCUGUGACAGCGCCAACGCAGAGCACUGCAAGGCCGUAGCAAACUCGGAAAUCUACGUGCCGUGUGGGGACGCGAAUGCAGAAACUUCGUGCGCAGCAGACGAAAAGUAUGUGGAACAGUGUAAAGAAGGAAGCCGAAGUAACUCCAUCAACGACAGCAACUUCUGCGGUACUGGCCAGACUUGGGACCACAAUGUUUCUUGUAUCAUCCAGAAAGAAGCUAGCAUAUCGAGUGAUGUCUAGAUGAUUGUUGUAUACCGUACAAGAAAGGACAACAAAACAAAGCCGGGCGGUAUGGAAAAAAGGCCCAUGUUCUUGCGGCAACGCUGUUUGUAGUUGACCUACACGACAGAACGACGUUUGAUUUCAUAGUUCUUUGCGAAGAACUUUUUUAUUAGCAAAUUUAUUGAUAAAAAAGUUACUUACAGUUACACCCGUGGUAUGUUUGCUUUUUUCGUCGGUAUUCCUUGUUGCAAAGACUACUUCGUCCAGGUCCGAACCAUCAGCGCCGCCCGCGGAGCGCUGACCCCGGGCAUGGAAAUAGCCCUGGACGAGGACGAAGGCGCUGGUGGUGGCCUCCACUAUUACAUCUCCGUGCCGCUCGCUCUCGCCGGCACUUACCCAGCCAACUAUGAUUCUUGUUUCCUAGCACACGAUGAUGACACUACGCCCCAGGCCACGUUUAAGAUUUUCGUGACGAUGACAGACGCGGCGCAGAACGUUGGAGGCGUAGGAGUGCAGCUCUGGGGUGAAGUGCGCUCGGAAGGCGCCUCAAAUGAGGUGCCACUUUCGCAGCAAAAUUCUUUCUGCGUCCGUAUGACAAACCCAGCAGAUGGCUUACUAGUAGGAGGGACUGCGAAGGAGUAUUCGUGGAUUCCCGCGAGUACAUCUUGGGCGUCGGCCGAGCCCGGCCUCUUUUUCGUUCUACCAAACCCGGGGGUCUACACACUAACCAUCUUUUUGCGGGAACCUGGGCUAUGCAGUGCAACUAGGUUGUCUGGGUCUGAGACUACAUCAUUGCCAGGUGCGCGAGGAGCGAAUACUAUCUUAUGUCGCUGACAAGCAUUCUUGAAGGGCGCUCAAAAUGAUAAACCUGUAGUGCAGCUUUCGCGUGCAGUCCAAACUGUUACCAUUUACCUUUACUUGGUCCACCAUCCAAAAGAUGCAUGACAAUAAACAAGUAUGAGUAUCAGCGUCGUCAGAAUAAUACUAUUGCAGACCCAGACAUGGUUGCACUGUAUAGCGGUCGCAGCUAAGAACGUUGACCCUUGGAGGAAACGCGGCGUACUUUCUGGAGCCUAAUGACGUGAGCGAAAACCCCGUCACGGCGACGUGGCCCACGACCAGUCUAUGACACAGAAAAAUAUUAGAGCUGACAGGUGUACAGGAUCGUAAUAAAACCAUUCCAUUUUUCCAUGCAUAGAAGAAAAUCGGAGCGGACGCUCCUGCUGAUGCAGGAAGAUUCAAAAACUUGUAGUUUUCCGCUUGUACUGCUACUGGAGAGUUUUCCAUGUUCAUGCAUGUGAACAUUAUGUAUGAGGCCAAGAGGCGGAGUUUCAUUCUUGAUGGAAUCCGCCUUCUUCUAUUGGCCGCACGCGCAUGCGGAUCAAGACAAGGCAUGCACGCAGGAGGUUUUGGACCAUCUUACCUUCCGAUUAAAAACAUAAGCAUGUUGCAAUGUGCUGCUAGAACAAGUUGUACAACAGUAUUAGAUUAUUCAAACAGCGACUGUGUCAACACAGCAGCGAAAAAGAAGAUGAUAGAACAAAGUGAACAAGAUAGCUUUGGACGAUCAUUGCAGCUGCCAGCAAUAAGAGUUUCUUGUUGAUAAAAAACCAGCUCCACCACCGAUGCGAACUCGUGCGGGGCUUUUGUGGAGCAACAAGGUGCAGAUGGCAUCAAUCUCGAGCAGGAGUGCGAAGUGAACCUCUGUGGGGUACUCUUUCAAAACCCAGACAAAAGGGUCAACCCCAGCAAGUUAUUUUUGUCGGAGGACAAGAAAUCGACGGAAAAAGACCGCGUCUCCACGUGUUGCGAACCGACUUCGCAUGAUACUUGCCCCACCACCACUACCACGCCCGCCCCCGUCCAGACCUGCUAUGGACAGAAAAAAGUUUGGCACAGUUACUUACUAUUUUGCAGGUUUUGAUGCAUUCAGAAAACUUUCUAGCGCCGCACCUUUGUCUUAUAUUGCAGAAACACGAAUAGGAAGAAAAUCACGUAAGUGAAGAUGCAUGACGAUGCAUGAUUUUUCUAUUGCAAGAUCACCGAUCGAUGAGUGAUCUUCGUGGCGAACUUUUUUUGUUCGAUACCAGCAGCGAAUUUGACAGUGGAGCUGCCGAAGAUGCGAAAAUCGAGAAGUUGUGCUGGAACCACAGGUGUAGUACCUUCAACCCACAUGCACCACUCUCCGCCGGAGGACAAGAUCACUUGGACGAGCAAGCAAAAAUCGCUAGUUGUUGUUCGGACUGUGCUCAAGACGAUGUCGAUGAAAAUUGUGGGACUGCUAAUGCUGUGAUUGGGGGACAGCACAUGGUUCAACACGCGUGCGAGACACACGGCUGCAACGUGGACGCAAUCCAGUGGGGCGUCAUCCUCCCCGAUCGCUCGGAGGAGAGUAUACUGGAGCAUUGCUGCACGCAGUGUGCCGAAGAAGGAUCAAUGACGUGCGGGGAAGUUGAAGACGGGAUAAGCAACAGCGCUGACAAGAUUUCAGAGCUGUGCUCGUCAAACCAAUGUGACGGUCCUGACGGGAAUGGGGUAGUAAACAAUGUCAACCGGACUGCAAUACUCCCCGACCCCAGCUCGGACCAGAGCAAACUCGAACACUGUUGCGUGGGCUGUCCGACGGAAUCAAGCAGCACGGAACCGCCCACAACUCCGACCCCUCCGAUGUCAGUCUGUACCGAAAAGAACAACAAAGAGGACUGCAACGCCGCGACGUCUGAAGAGGACCACUGUGUGUGGACGCAGAAGAAGCAACUUGGAAGCGACGGCUCGUCCUGGGAGGACGUAGGGGGCGGCGCGGCCGAACUCAGCUGUGUAGACUGCAGUGAAAUGGAUGGCAAGACGGCAGAAGAGUGCCAUUCUUUCUCCAGCGACAAGUGCGUGUGGGAGCCGCGCAGCAGCCUUUGCACUGCACCGGAGAAGGAGGAGACCACGCCGGAGCCUUCUUCUAGUAGUAGUUCCACCACGACGACAACCACGGUGACCAGCACGACGACCACGCUUAUCAAAUGCAAAAACGUUUGGGUCUGGAAGAAUGCAAGUUUGUAAUGCUUGUCUGGCAUGACUCGAAAAUCUGUGUUGCAUGGGCACGAAAAGGCCCUCUUACCUGUCAUGCGAAAACGCAGUUUGCCAUUCGGAAUACAUAAGACAUGGGAGCCAAAAAAAUUAUCAUGCAUAGCUGCGUAUUGCAGUAGCAGUGCGUCUACCAAUCAGUUUUAGCAUUACAAGUUUCCAGACCUAGACAUAUUUGCAAUGCAUAACGCUAACGCAGAUAGAAACGAACACCACUGGUCCGCCGGUCAACGCGACCACGGGCCCGCUGCUCCCGCUGCCCACCGACCUGGAUGCCGACCUGGAUACGGGGGGAAUCUAUCCUGAGUAAAAACGUACCCACACCAUAGUCAAGUUGGGGAAUCGGCUAGACAAAUCCACAAGUUUUGGCUGUUUUGCAUGACAAAUUUGGAUUCGUAGUGUAGUGCUGUUUGAGCUAGCUCAGCAGCAUCACAGAUCUAGCAUACCAUCGUGAUUGGAGCAUGACAAAUUGCAAAACACGAUUGGAGAAUACUUCUCAUGGGGCUCCGCAUGAGAAACAUUUUCAGCAUGCAGAUUUGCAUUACAACUCUGGUGUGGGUACGUUUUUACUCAGGAUAGAAUCCUGGUUCUCAUCAUCGCCGUCAUUGCCGGCGCGCUCCUCCUAUCAAAUGCAAAUGAAUAUGUCUGGGUCUGGAAAGAUGCGAACAUGUGAUGCUGUUUUUGGAUUCUAAAAAGAUCUGUGUUGCAUGAGCAGCAAUAGAGGAGUUAGUUCUUGGCACGCGGAGAGGGCACUUCUCAUGCGUAACUAGCAUCAAGAAGCUCUCAAAAAAUCUGUCAUGCUAGCACCAGCAGCACGAUCACAGACCUUACGGGUGAUGCAAAAUGUGCAUGAAAAGACCCAGAGCAACAUAUUUGCAGUGCAUACCUGCUUCUCCUGGGCGGCCUCGCGUUUUUCUGCCUCUGCUCGGGAGACUAUCAGAAUGAAAAAUCUCCCCUCCCCAUAUCAAAAUGAAGUUUCUGAUGCUGGAUUUGCGUACACAAAUCCUAUUUGUCUUGCUGGCGAGGACUGCAGGCCCAUACUAAGCCUGAGUAGACGCGUUUUGGCCUAGGCGCUUAGCAUGACAGACGUCUGCGCUGUCGGUGCAACAGCAUGACAAACCGCCUGUAGAAUGCGGCGGAGCCUGUGGGGUUGCCUUCAUGCAACACAGAGACGAUUUGUGGCCAUAAAUCAGCAACACAAAUUUUCGAAAACGUGCCUUGUCAAUGUGGGGAGCGAGGGGGGAUUUUUCCUUUUGAUAGAGACCCCACGGCGACCAGCGCCAACGAGUCGCAGGGGACCGCCCUCCUCGGCGGCGGCCCGAAGGGAAAGGGCAAGGGCAGCAAGGGCAACAUCGCGAACGUCAUCAUUCUAUCAAAUGCAAAAAUGUCUGGGUCUGGAAGGAUGUAACUUGUGAUGCGCAUUUCAGAACACACAAAAAUCUCUGAUGCAUAGGCAGCAAGAGCUAGAGCUGCUCACUUUCUGUCACCAAAGUGGGGGAUUUGUCAUGCGGAUUCGGCAUAAUUGCGGAAGCUUCUCGAAACCUGUGAUGCUAGGGCUUCCAUGCCAGACCUUCUGUGUCAUGCAGAAACAGCAUGACUUCUCUUCCAGACCCAGACACUUUUACAUUUGAUACAUUCAGCAAAGGAAGAGCGCCCAGAUCAACGCGUCCGCAUCAGCAAAGGGGACCAUAACACCAACAGACGGAAAUAACUACGCAACCGUCCCUGCGACGGGCGCGCCUGUAGUCACUCUGGAGGCGCCGGACGAGAAGACAAGCUCUGCCGGCCAGGGCAGGAGAGCGGAUAUGCAACAGAAAAGUAAUUGUAGUACACCCAUAAAUUGAUGAAGUACUUGCUAACCAGGAAUAAAGGUGGAAAUGGAAAACAAAUUUAUUUUGCUGCGUGCCUGUCACGAAAAACUCUGUAAAGUGGCAGAAAUGUUGUUGACCACGACAGAGAGGCAGUUUUGGUUUCGAUUUUCUGAGACGUGCAGGAUGCGUGUUGUAUAGUAUGGUUUAGCCAGCGACUGAUAUUAGAGCGGCACCAAAUACACGGUUUGUCAUGCUGAGCAGCAACACAAGCUUGGUAGGGGAGGAGGUGUGCCUUUAAUUUUCUGUUGGAUAAUCUCGAGGAACAAGGGGAAUCGGUCGGCGGCUUCCACCGAACAAGCUACCGGUGGUUCGAUGACGGGGAACAAAAGUCUGAAACGCAGUUUACUGAAGAAACAGGCCUUAUGCAUUGCAAAUAUCGAAGAUCUUUGUGUGGGUCUGGAACUGGCAUUCUUGUCAUGCAAGAAGUUUUCAAGGACAGCAAGUGCAGCAAGAUCUGCGCCGCUUGAAUACAUACAAGUCGCCAGCUUUUAUUUUGUCCUCCGGCUGUGAAUAACAAUACACUCACACGCAGUGAAGUCUCAUUCGUUUUGAUGAUUUCGCGGAUGAAUGAUCCACAAGAAGCCGCGCACAUGAAAAAUAACUUCCGAUGCUGUAAUGUAAAGAUCAAAUUCUGCACAAUGACUAGCGGCUUGAAGAAUACCCUUUGAUGGUGCGAGCCUCCGCAACACAAAUGUCCAGGCGUCCACAGAGAAUGAGUAAAAAUAUUUGCGAUGCAUAGUCCUCCAAUGUAAGCAUGGGGCGGAGCGGGCGGCAACGUGAACAACGCAAAAAGUCGAAAAUAGCGGGAAACAGCACGCUAAACAAGGCGGAUUUUCUCCGCGAGACGGCGGCCUAUAAGCAGGCGCAGACUUACACCCCGCAAAGUCCCGAGUCCAUGGACCGCUUCUCGGACCAGUUUUUGCUGGGUCCCGAGGGCCAGGCGAGCCCCCCAGCGGGUCCGACGAUACUUAUCCUGAGUAAAAACGUACCCACACCAGAGUCAAGAUGGGGAUUUUGCAACACAAACCUAGGAGUUUUGGGACUCACGCAUGACAAGUUUCUGUUUGUAAGGUAGUGCAAGUUAGUAAGGGAAGCCGCAUCACAAAUCGACCUGCUGAUCCUGUUCACAGCAUCACAAAUUCCAAAACACGAUUGGAAAUGGGUCUCAUCGGGAUGCGCAUUACAAAUGUCUUUGUCAUUGCAAAUCUGCAUUACAACUCUGGGGUGGGUACGUUUUUACUCAGGAUAAUACUGGAGGGAGAUUCAUCUUCGGCGUCGUUUUCAUCUUCUAUAUCCGAGUCGGAGAAUAGUUUUUCGUCCUCUCCUCGCAGUAAAUCGUCCGGUGGUUUCUCUGCCCCGGCAGAUGAACUACUACCAGGCGAGAAUUACACCAAGAACCGCAGGAGGGACAGUCGCUCCUCUAAUCAUAUUGAAUCUGCACCACGAGGACCUCCUGGUGAAGAUAGCGAUGUUGGCGAUCACGACGUGGUCGCGGCUCAACUAGAACAGGGGAAGUCCUCCUCCCGCCCGGAGAUGACCGCGCAAAACGGAGAUAUUAGUAGAAGAAGGAGCAGCAAGAACAGAACACAUAGUAGUCGUAUUUCUUCUCGUGCGGAACCGGAGCAGGAGAAUGGUCAUGCUGCUAUAGAAGCAGCGCGUUCAGAUGAAGGACCACAAGAGGAGCCACCUGCUUCUUCGGGUAGUAGUUCCGAUGUAGAAAGUUCAUCUUCCAGCGAGGAUGAAAUACGAGCCAAUAGUAAAAAUACCUCUGAGUCCGAAGAGGAAGAUGAAGAAGAUCCGAAAGACAACACCUUCCUUCUCAGACGACGCUAGGAGUGCACAAGUUCUUCGUGGUCUGAUACUAGGUACUUUCGGAUACACUUCUUGCGAGGUGAUCCAAUUCCAAUUCCAUGUAGUACAUCCAUCUUUAUUACCUUUUAGACAUAGUUUUAUCCUCAGAAGAAUACUAAUAAUUUGAAGUUUUUUGGACCGCUACAAAUCAAUGAAAAUUUUGUAGCUCAUCCGAUCUUCGGACCAGUUUUUGCUGGGUCCCGAGGGCCAGGCGAGCCCCCCAGCGGGUCCGACGGUACUGGAGGGAUAUUCAUCUUCGGCGUCUAUCCUGUGUAAAAACGUACCCACACCAGAGUUGUCAUGCAAAUCUGCAUGCUUAAAAUGUUUGUCAUGCGGAGCCCCAUGAGAAGCAUUUUCUAAUGGUGUUUUGAAAUUUGUCAUGCUUCAAUCAGCAUGAGAGACUAGAUCUGUAAUGCUGCUGAACUUGCUCAAACAGCAUUACACUACGCGUCCAAAUUUGUCAUGCGAAACAAGCAAAGUUGGCCGAUUUGUCUAGCAGAUUUUCCAUCUUGACUCUGGUAUGGGUACGUUUUUACACAGGAUAGCGUCGUUUUCAUCGUCUAUAUCCGAGUCGGAGAAUAGUUCGUCGUCCCCUCCUCGCAGUAAAUCGUCCGGUGGUUCUAUGACGUCCUCAGGUUGUAAAUCUGAAAUUUUUCCAAAAAAAAAACUAGCUACUUAGCUAGGUGAGAUUUUAUCUAUCAAAACUAGCUAGCUUAGGAGGAGUGGGCUCGUGGUCUCCAGCUGCGUCUCGGAACGGUCUCGACGCCAAGCUACCGCGCCCGUCCUUGUCCUCCACAUCGGCUCUUGCACGACCUACGGCGAGGGAGGUGAGCACGCACGGAAAGAUUUCGUCCUCAGAAUGUACACGCCCCCCGAGGGCCCCCCCCAAGACGACCCCUUUUGGCGUGCCGGGCGACCCCCGUCUGUCCUGGCUCUCCAGAAAUCCGUGGCGGCAAAAGGGGCACCUGUAUGCAGUGGACACACUGCAGACCUUAGGGAAACAGACGUAUGUCCUCAAGGCGUUGGCAGAUAAAAUAACCCCGGCGGCGACCAGAACAAGGAAAAAAAAAACGAUGAAGAGCGAAAGGAAGACCUGUAGAAAUGCAGCGCUGAGCCGGUGCGCGACGAUACCGAAGACGAGGAACAACCGAUCUAGCUACUGCCCCAAAGGAUAGCUUACGCAUCAAAAUUAGCUAGUUUUUUUUUUGGAUUUUUUUCAAAUUUACAAUCUGAGGACCUCAUAGGUUCCUCUCCUGCCCCGGCAGAUCAAAUACAAUCUGAGGACCAGUUUUUGCUGGGUCCCGAGGGCCAGGCGAGCCCCCCAGCGGGUCCGACGAUACUUAUCCUGAGUAAAAACGUACCCACACCAGAGUCAAGAUGGGGAUUUUGCAACACAAACCUAGGAGUUUUGGGACUCACGCAUGACAAGUUUCUGUUUGUAAGGUAGUGCAAGUUAGUAAGGGAAGCCGCAUCACAAAUCGACCUGCUGAUCCUGUUCACAGCAUCACAAAUUCCAAAACACGAUUGGAAAUGGGUCUCAUCGGGAUGCGCAUUACAAAUGUCUUUGUCAUUGCAAAUCUGCAUUACAACUCUGGGGUGGGUACGUUUUUACUCAGGAUAAUACUGGAGGGAGAUUCAUCUUCGGCGUCGUUUUCAUCUUCUAUAUCCGAGUCGGAGAAUAGUUUUUCGUCCUUUCCUCGCAGGAAAUCGUCCGGUGGUUUUAUCACAUGAGAAACAUCCUCAGCUGCAUUUUUCCUCAUAGGGCAAAAAAAAUAAAUUCACGCAUAUUUGUAGGUCAGAACUCAAGGCGUGCAGCAUCGCCCAAGCGGAAAGCAAUUCACGGCAAGUUCGGAAAUUAUGCACCUGCUGUUUAUUUGUGAGUGAUGGGAUUGCUUUGAAAAAGAGGACUCAUCGCGACGGUAUGGCGCUGAAAAGCAUGGCCAAGAAGUGCCUCAGUUGGCCAAAAUUGUGACUGGGACCGUCGAGGCUGUAAUGCGGAGAAGGCAAAAAAGAUGCUUUUUUUGCAAAAAAAAGCUGUUUUUUUGAUCAAAAUCCUUGGGAUUUUGACGUCCGAAACCUUGCUAUGAGUACUCAUUUUUUUUUGCUAUGAGUACAAAUAACUUCCCCGACGGAGUUCUGGAUCAGAACUCUCUCACAAAGCAGCUCAUUUUGAUGCUAUAGGUCAUAGCUUUUCCUAGGGUCAGGAAGGAGAGUGAGUACAAAUACGGUAGCAGUGGGAGAGGCUUUUUUUGCAUUCAAUUCCCGAUGCUAUGGUGGCCCCACAGGGUCACUUUUUUGCUCAAACGCGACGGCGUGCUGUUUUUCUUUUUGCACUGCCGCCGUGAUUGGCUUCAAUUGGUCUGCUUUUCGUAUCCCAAACACCAUCGCAAUGCAGCCUGAUAGAUGGAGGCUGUACCCUAUCCCGGAGAACCUGCUGAAAGAAGGGUGGGCCCGGUUCUGAUACAUAAAAACCUGCGCAAUUUUUUUGGCGCUAUGAGGAAAAAUACGGCUGAGGACUUUUCUAGUUUGAUAGCCUCUGCCCCGGCAGAUGAACUACCACCAGGCGAGAAUAGUUUUCCUCGCAGGAAAUCGUCCGGUGGUUUUAUCUCUGCCCCGGCAGAUGAACUACUACCAGGCGAGAAUCAUACCAAGAAUCGCAGGAGCAGGGAGAAUAACUCCUCUAAUCAUAUUGAAUCUGCACGAGCACCUCCUGGAGAAGAUAGCGAUGUUGGCAAUCACGACGUGGUGGCCCAAAAACAGGAAAAGUCCUCCCGCCCGGACGAGACCGCGCAUGGAGAUAUUAGUAGAAGAAGGAGCAGCAAUAACAGAAUACAUAGUAGUCGUAUUUCUUCAUCUUCUCGUCCGGAGCAGGAGCAUGUUCAUGCUACAACAGAACCAGCGCGUUCAGAUGAAAGACCACAAGAGGAGCCUGCUUCUUCGGGUAGUAGUUCCGAUGUAGAAAGUUCUACAUCUACUUCAAGCGAGAAUGAAAUACGAGCCAAUAGUAAAAAUACCUCCGAGUCCGAGUCCGAAGAGGAUGACGAAGAAGAUCCGAAAGACAACACCUUCCUACUCAGACGACGGUAGGAGUAGAGAAAUUCUUCGUGAUCUGAUACUAGGUAAUUAUUUUUCGGAUUUAUACACAUGCGAGGUGAUGGAUCCAAUUCCAAUUCCUUGUAGUACAUGCAUCUUUACCUUUUAGACAUAAUUUUAUCCUCAGAAGAAUACUAAUACUUUGAAGUUUUUCUUUUUUGGAUCGCUACAUAUGAAAAUUUUGUAGCUUAUUCGAUCUUCUUACGCGACCUCUUCGGUUGAGAAGCAAACCGAAGGUGUUCGUAUUAUUAUUCAUCUGAGCAGUAAGAACCCACAUAAUUUUAGAAAUAUUUCACCCAUUAUCCGACCCCAGUUAUUAGUUCUAAAACGCAAGCCCCUAUAAUUUUUCCUAUCGAGAUAAAAUCCAGGUUCAUCGAGAAGUCACGCGUCUUUCUUUGCACAAGUACGUACUUGCUAAAGACUGAUGAGUGACACUUUGAACAUAUGGAUUUUUUUGUGUCGCAGUGAUGAAGAAAACGGACCCGCUUGAUGUCUUCGCGUUAGAAUCUUCGACUUGAUGUACUUACUAUCAGUGGCUGUUUCGUGAUUUUUGUUUUUUACGAUAAUGGUCGUUUCUGUCUACUGGUCGUUUAUGAUUCCCGUGCGAUUUUUUUGAAAGUGGGACCAACAUCUUCAGACUGCCGACUCUGAGGUGGACCGACCCCCAGUUGUGUUUUUAUUUUUUUUUAGGAACCGAGCAGGAACAGGAAGGCAGACCGAGUCGCACAGUGUUAUGCUAAUGUAAGCAAUCCUAAAAAUCUGUGCUGUGGUGUCUUUUUCCUUUUCUCCAGAACUACAUGAAACGCAAUCGGACCCAACAUUUUUGACAUCCCCUUUUUUUUUGCUGAAUUUGAAUUCCAUUCCAAUUGCUGUACAAUUUAGAUUUUCACGCUUUCGAUUCGUAUCUGCUUUAUCAAUUACCGCCUGCCUCUCGCAUCCAACUUGCUUUCUGCGUUGUCAAGCGGGGGGGGCAACUUCUUCCCGGGCGUCGUGAUCGUGUUCGUCACCCGUGAAGGAACGCAGUCACAAAGGUCUCAUCGUGCUCCUUUUGGUUUCACCGGCCAAAAAUUUUUCACCG